AUUAUUGUAGUUUCCCAAGUUCAGCCCUCGCCCCCAACCUAGCUGAGUCCACCUCGUCCACUCCGCACACCCACCAAUCAACCCGCACGCAUGCAUGCAGGCCGGCAUGGGCGCAUGGGUGUACCACUCCUGGGCUCCACGCCUCGCCGCCCUGGGUGUGGAGGUGGGUGUGGAGGUGGGUGUGGAGGUGCUGCCCCUGGAAUUGCCGGGUCGCAACAGCCGCCGCCGCGAGCCGCCCGCCACUGACCUGCUGCAGCUGGCGGAGGAGAUUGCCGACGUCGUGGCGGCCCACGUGGCUGCCGUACAAGAGGAGCAAAGUACGGCGGCGGCGACAGCAGCAACAGCAGCAGCAGCAGCAGCAGCAGCAGCAGCGGUGGCGGCGGCGGCGGAAGAGGAAAUGAUGCGCACUAACGAGGCGGCCGAAUCGGCGGCGGCGGCGAGCGCCGCCGCCGCUGCUGCGGCAACAGGCCCAGGUCCAUCAGGCGCAGCUGCUGUGGCCGAUGGCAGUAGCAGUAGUAGCGCCAGUAGCACCGGCGGCAGUAGCACCACCGGCAGCAGUAGCACCACCACCAGCAGUAGGAUUACUGGCGGCAGUAGCUGCAGACGCCGACAGGUGCCGUACGCGUUGUUCGGGCACAGCCUGGGCGGCUGGGUGGUGUACGAAGUGGCGCAGUGCCUCAUGGGCAGGGCGCUGGCGGGGGCGGGGUCGGAGAAGGCAGCGAGGGAGAAGGCAGCGGGGGCGGGGGAGAAGACAGCGGGGGCGGAGGUGGCGAAGGAGACAAUGGCUCGUGAAGCGCCAAGGGCAGGUACGGCUGCGGCUGCGGGUGCGGCUACUGCUGUCGGGCCGCCAAUCUGUCAGCUGCCAGCACACGUGUUUGUGUCCGGCAUCAGGGCGCCGCACCUGUCCGCCGCCGCACACGACCUGGACCCCACCCGCCUGCACGCCCUGGACGAGCCGGAGGCCUUCUGGGCGGCCUUCAGGCGGCGCUACGGAGACACCAAUCCGCACCUGUCCGACCCACGCGUGCGGCAGCUGGUGUGGCCAACGCUGCGCGCCGACUUCAAACUGGCGGAGACCUACACGACGCCGCCAGGCCGCCGCGCCCCGCUGCCCGUGCCGCUCACGGUGUUUGGCGGCGCGGUGGACGGGCGAUACACACGGGAACAGCUCGAGGCGUGGCGCCAGCACGUUGCACCUGCCGCCACUUCGCCGGCCUCCCCCCCAUGCCCUUCUUCGACGCCUGCCCCCUGCUCCUCCCCCGGCCCCCCGCUCGCGCCCACUGCCGCCGCCGCCGCCUCCUGCUGCUGGCGGCUGGUGGUGCUGCCUGGCGCGGGACACGAUUAUGUCGAGAAGUGGCAGCAGCAGGGUGGCGGCAGUGGCGACAGCGGCAAUGGCGGCAAUGGCAGCAAUGGCGGUUCACUGCUGAUGUUGGAACUGGAGGCGGCGCUGCUGACAGCAAUGGAGCAAAGCAGGCAAAGCGGCUGAUAAGCCGGAGGGCCCAGCAGCGGCGCUUCAGGCGCAUGUUGUGCACAUGUGGGAUUUUGAAGAUCGUUUUCCUCUGUGGGGUGGCAGGGUGGCGGCAGGGUGGCGGCGGCAGGCAAGGGGCCAAGGGCGCUGCAGCCUGCAGGGCGCUCAAAGGGGAAGGUUCGAAUGGCCGGGAUGCACUGAGUCGCACUUGUCACUGGGUAACUGGGUAGGGCGCAUUGCUUCGUGACGCUGCGUGGCGCAAUCGCCCGUGUCAUUGGAUAGAGUGCGCUGAGACGCACUGAAGCACUCCUGUCACCGGGCAUGGCGCACUGUAUGUUUCGUGAGCACCGGUGGGUGUUUUCUCGCUUGACCCUGCUGGACGUGCUCAUCCUCCCCUG